AGAGUGGCUUGUCUGUCCUCAGACACAGCAGCAAUGCUGUCUGUGCACGUCUGUCUCGAUGUGCAGAAGAAAACGAGAGCGACAGAUGCUUUUAGUUUAAUGUGUGUGUGACCGUAUAUACACACUGAACGAGGUCGACCAAGUAUGACAGCUUCCCUGAGCUCCUGCAGUGGCUUAGAGGUCCUCCUCUCCUCUCUGCAGAAUGCAGGGGACGUUGAGAGCACCUUAACUUCUCUCAGUGUCCUGGAUGAACUUCUGUCUGCUGGUACAGAUCGUCGUAUCCACUAUAUGAUCAGUAAAGGUGGCAGUGAAUCCUUGCUUACUGCACUGGUCAACACUGGGCGCAGUUUCAGUCCCAACUACACCAUCUUGCUGCCACUGCUGCACCUGCUGGCUAAAGUUGGACACAGAGAUCGUCAUAUAGGUAGGAAGGCAGAGGAGGCUGGAGCUGUGCUGCUGAGUCUGAAUCUGCUCAAACACAACAUCAAACAUGCUAGGAGGGCUGCAGCCUUUCUAUGGGUCAUCCAGGUCUUCUCUGCAUCAGUUCCUACAGCAAACCUUAUAGGAAAGAACUAUGGACUAGAUGUCAUCUACCGCCUCAUCCCUCAAUAUACCACCAAACAUCUGCACACCAUCAAGGCAGCCAUUAAUGCCUUUGCUGCUCUGCUGUGCACAAAGGCUAAUGUUUCCUCAGUGGUAUCUAAGGGUUACAUCUUCGGCCUCAUGCGGCUUUAUGAGGACUGGCACAGAAAGGACACUCAACAUAUUGCAGUAACAAUCCUCCACGCACUGCUGCGCUGCCUCCAUAAGGUCACCCACAGUACUGCUGGCAGACAGGCUUUCGUAUCCCAGGGAGGCAUCAGACUGUUGUAUGAAACUACACAGACAUGUUUGCUGAGUAAAGAUAUGGAAUCUCUGGUAGAGUCCUCUGUGCAGCUGAUGAGGAAAUGUCUUCCAAAAACUCCUCUGCCACUGACAUCAGAUCAGUCUGCAUACACCUUCCCCUUGCCUGGAUGGCCACAAGCUGUCCCAAAUAUGGAUGCAGAACCAGAUGACAGCAGUGGGGAAAGCGAUGAUGAGGAGGCUGAAUAUAACCAAGAGGCGGACUAUGAUGAUGAUUUGGAGACUGACCUGAACAAACUACGUCUUCCUCCUGACCCAGACAGACCCAAAGAGCUGCUGCCACAGUAUAGCCGCCUCUGUCCUGAACUCUCAUAUGACUUCCAGGAGCUGGAUUUAAGUUCUGAACCAGACGAGCACACGACAGCAUCAUCAGCAUCUUCAUCAGAUGAGGAGGCUUUGCUGCUCAACAGAUGCCCUUUCCACUCCUCCAGGAGGGACACAAGGAGGUGUAAUGCCAACAGUGAUUUGUUCACCUCCUCUUCGAGGUCUUACUCAGAGGCGGAACCAGAAGGAUACACACCAGCUGCUGCCCAGUUAGAGGCCUGUGAUUUCCGCAGUCACAACAGCAUCCUCAGCACCAGCCCCAGAAUUAGGACCAUGGUUAGAGAGGCAAGGGGAGAAGCCCCUCCAGGUCAGAGAGUGGAUGAGCAGGAUGAUGAAGAGGAUGCAGAACAAUCCCAUCAUCGUACCAUUAUAGACAGGGUAUUGGAGAGACAUGGAGCCUGUAUCCCCCACCAUGACCCCAAAUUGUAUCGUGCUGAAGCCGCCAAAACCAUAUCUAUUCCAGGGUUCAGCAUCCUGGCUUUUCCUGAUUUCUGGGGUCACCUCUCACCACCAGGACAUGAACCCAUGGCCCCACGUAAACCCAGCAUACAGAGGCAGAAAGUGUUUGAAGAUGUCCAACGUUUCUUGAAUACUGAUGGCAUCAUCAACAAGGUCGUGUUUGACCUGGAAGACAGCAGUCUAAAGUAUCCGCCUGAUACCUUGAGGUUUUUCUCUAAGUUUGAAUGUGGGAACCUAAGAAAGGCUGUCCAGGUCCGCAGAUAUGAAUAUGACCUCAUACUGAAUGCAGAUGCCAACAGUAACCAGCACACCCAAUGGUUUUAUUUUGAAGUCAGUAACAUGGUGCCAGACUUCCCCUACCGUUUUAAUGUCAUCAACUGCGAGAAGAGCAACAGCCAGUUCAACUAUGGAAUGCAGCCGGUGCUGUACUCAGUAAAGGAAGCUCUGGAAGGUAGACCCCACUGGGUCAGGACUGGGACUGAAAUUUGUUAUUACAGAAACAACUUUUGUCCGGCCCAGUGCAAAAGGAGAACAACCUUUUAUACUUUGACCUUUACCAUCACCUUCGAACACAAUGAGGAUGUGUGCUACCUGGCCUACCAUUAUCCCUACACAUACUCUGCUCUGAAGGCUCAUCUGAAGGUCCUGAAGAAAUCAGUGGAUCCCACCAAAGUGUUUUUCCAGCAGCAGAUUCUUUGUGGCAGUUUGGCUGGAAACUCAUGUCCAUUGGUUACCAUCACUGCCUGUCCUGCCAGCAGGGGCUGGAGAGACAUUCACCAGCUCCGUAAUCGUCCCUGUAUUGUGCUGACAGGUCGUGUCCAUCCCGGUGAGUCUAAUGCCAGCUGGGUUAUGAAGGGCACCCUAGAUUUUCUAUGCAGUAGUGACUCCAUAGCUCAGAGUCUGAGGGAGGCCUUCAUCUUCAAGAUCAUCCCCAUGCUCAACCCAGACGGAGUCAUCAAUGGCAUGAAUCGCUGCGAUCUCAACUGUGCAGAUCUAAAUCGUCAGUGGUGUAAACCUGACCCAGUCCUCAGUCCAACCAUCUACCACACCAAGGGUUUCCUCUACUACCUCAACAGUAUAGGACGGACUCCACUGGUUUUCUGUGAUUACCACGGCCACUCCAGAAAGAAAAAUGUCUUCCUGUAUGGCUGCAGUGUUAAGGAGACUCUAUGGCAAUCUGGCUCUGCCGUUAACACUGUGGGAUUGAAAGAGGACCCUGGAUAUAGGACCAUUCCAAAGACCUUGGAUCGUAUCGCACCGGCCUUUUCUUUCAACAGCUGCAACUAUUUGGUAGAGAAGUCUCGCUCUGCUACAGCCAGGGUGGUUGUCUGGAGGGAGAUGGGCGUGCUGAGAAGUUAUACCAUGGAAAGUACUUACAAUGGCUGCAACCAGGGAAUAUACAAGGCUCAGUUUUUCAGGACUGCAAACAUUCAGCAGGGGGCCACUCAACUCUCCAAACACAGGGCUCAGGUUAAACCCAGGGAACAAGUCUCUGUGGUCAGGUUCAGCAGUUCCUCAGCUGUACUCUAUGAUGAGGCUCCUCUCCUUCUCAGAGAGCCUCUGCCACCAGAGUUCCAGGACCCUUGUACAUCUUACCCCGCGAUGCGCGAUGUGAGCAGCUGGAUCCAGCCACAUACUGCUACUGCUGCCAAGUACUCACGGCUGCUAGCCCCGCCCAUUGGAAAGAGUGUGGGAUAUACCACUACUAGGAAUGGGAGAUUUAAGAGGAGAGUCCAACACCUGGAGAGUAACUUCAUAUACAGACACAAUGGAAGCUUUAUGCAUGCUAAUACACGGAAGCGGGGCAAGAGAGGCGGAGUCCGCCUAAGGCUGCGUCGACAAAAACUGAACCGCCUCCCGCUCCCAACAAUGAUUCUGGCCAACGUGCAGUCCCUUCAUAACAAAACGGACGAGCUCCAGGCCAAUGUGCUCCAUCUCCACCAGUACAGGAACGCUUGUGUGCUGGCCUUGACUGAAACCUGGCUCUCAAACAAUGAUCCUGACUCGGACCUACACCUCGACGGCUUCGGGAUUCCCUUACGCACGGACAGAAAUAGUGAAGUCACGGGGAAGUCCCAUGGAGGCGGAGUCUGUCUUUAUGUCAACCGGAGAUGGUGCAACAAUAUUACCAUCAGAGAAAGAACAUGCACCCCCGACAUUGAACUGCUGUCUGUGUCGACAGAUCACAACGUGUUAGAUAAUAAAACUUACAACUGUUUUGAAGACGAUGAACCUCCAUGUGUCGAGGAGAUUGAGUAUUCCACAGAUUGUCAAACACUUAAUGGAGCUGAUUUGGAUUCAGAUGUCAACAGCAACAUGACCGGUUCUGAUGAGGAGGAGGAUGAUGAAAAACUCAGGGAAGCAAAUCAUCAGCCUAGCAGUCGCAAAUCACAGCAGUCAAGUAUGAAGAGCCGCCCAUUUCCCCACCUGAUCAGACAGGCCUCCAUUGAGACACUCGAUGAGAAAAGAAAUACAUGUUAUGGUGUGAACAUCAAUGGACAAAUGAUGACUUAA